CUGUGCUCGGUUGCGGCACUCGCACAGCACUCACACCUUCCCACCUAGACUCUUCGUCUCAUCUCCUUGUACACCGCGCUCUAGCAAUUGGCAUCGAUAGCCAGCCACGUCGCUCAGGAGAAUUCGUCCCGCGAUUCAUCGGCGAGCUCAGCGCCACUAGAUGCGAAACCCCGCGUCGGCAAGCGAUUCAUUUCUUCUCAUUCGACCGUCUUUCUCAGCCCGCCGCGACUCUUUCUUCGCGUAGCGUCCGCCGACUGCAGCAGUCGGUAGCCGGUAGCCUGCUGCGGGCGACUGGCGGUGAGGGCACCUGGGCGGCGAGGUCGCAGUGUGCGGCGUGGGUGCAGGCGGGAUGGCGGCGUCGCGCGCGCGGAGGCAUUGGCGGCGACCGCCAUGCACCGCUCGGGCACGUUCCCCGUCGCCACGCUGGACGGCGACGGCGACUUGAGCCCCUCCCGCGACUUCCCCCGCGACUUCCCCCGCAGCCACAGCAGCACCAGCAGCGGCUUCCCCGCCGCCGCGGGGCGCUUCGAUGAUGGCGACAUGGUCGCCACCAAUGCUAUGCUGCCACGUGUCAACAGCCUGGCAGUGAAUGGCAGUCGCUUCCUGGAUUCGGACGACCUGUUGGAUGACGUGCGCGACGGAGUUAAGGCGCUGUACGAGGCACGAAUUAGGGAGCGGGAGGGGAAGCGCGAGGCGGAGGAGCAAGCGCUGUCUGCGGUUAACGGCUGCGGCAGCGGCAAAAAGGGGCGCAUCACCAAUUUUUUCGGUGACGAGUCCGCCUGCCGUAAGAAGGAAGCGGACCGGGCGCUCUGCCUCCUCUUCGCUGGUCUGCGCCUGCCGGAGCAUCACGCGGACCACGUCCUCUUCCGGAAUGCGGUCUCCGCCAUCGCUCGCGCCGGCACUUCCUACGUUCCCCCGAAGCGCAAGUACAUCGGCGGUGCCGGCCUGCGCGACUGCCGCACCAGUAUCGAGGCCGCGCUGGUUCCCAUCUCCAGCAGCUGGCGGCGGAGCGGCGUCACCAUUGCUAGCGAUAUGAUGACGGACCAGAACGGCCGGCCCAUCGCCAACGUCCUCCUUAUCAACGACUCCGGAGCAGUUUUUACUGAUGCUGUGGACACAAACAUGGAAAUGAAGACCGGCGGCUAUAUUGCCGGUAUUCUCCGCCCUAUUAUCCAGCGCGUUGGGCCGGAGAACGUCGUCGCUUUCUGCAUGGAUGGCGGCUCGAACUACGCCGCGGCCUGCAGGAUCCUAAUCGCCGAGCACCCCCACAUCGAGCACUUUGUCAACCUCAUGCGGCUGCCGUUCAUGGCAAUGCGCGCCACCGACUCGUCGGCGAAGGGCAUGAUGGGUCGUAUGUACGACCUCAUGCUGCAGCUCACCGUUGAUGUCGAUGAGAAGCUGGAGGAGGCGCGGCUGGAGGGGCUCACCGCUGCGGACGCCAAUGCCAUCCGCCGCAUGGUGAAAAGGAGGUGGGACGGCAGCAUGGCGUGCCCCCUCCAUGUGGUUGGCCGCAUCCUAAACCCGGCCAAUCAGGAGGAGGGGAUCUUCCCCUCGGACAUGGAGUGCACGAGGGUAUUCAAAGCCUUCAUCGCCCGCCACUACGAAGACAAAGAGUUCAUGAGGGAUGGCGAGCCCAUUCGUGCAACCCUCGUGAUGCAAGACGGCCUCGACGCCUUCAUCACUCUGAAGGGCAGCUUCGGGCUCCCCACCGCCAUUGCUGAUCGUGCAGCAGUGAAGGAGGGGAGGCAGAGCAUGGCGCGGUGGUGGCAGUGGCAUGGGUCCGACUACCCUGAGCUUGCCGCACUGGCCUGUCGGGUGCUCUCACAGCCCGUUUCAGCGGCCGCAUGCGAGCGUAACUGGGCAGUGUGGGAGGCGGUCCACACUGCCAAGCGCAACCGCCUCGGUGCCGAAAAGUGUCGGGACCUGGUCUAUGUGUCCCACAACUGGCACCAGGCGGGCAGCGAGGAGUUGGUGCGGCUGCUGCUGACCAACGGGGCGGACAUCAACGCCACCGACGCCACGCGCUGCUCCGCGCUGCACUACGCCUGCAGCACUGGCCACAGGGGCAUAAUAAAGCUGCUGCUGGUGGCGGGCGCCAACAUGUAUGCGCGCAACCGCGACGGGCUGGUGGCGCAGCAGCUGACGUCGUCGGAGCGCAUCCGCGCGCUCUUCCGCAAGCUGCAUGAGUACCACCUCAGGAGCGCGGGGGGAGGGGGAGGGGGAGGUGCGCGGGCGGGCGCGGAUGCCUUUCCCCUGUCUGCGUCGCUGGCCGCCCCGCCGUCGCGCGCCGACUGGCUGCUGGACAAGAACCGCACCAUGAGCUUCCAGAGCCCCUCGCGCGACCCGCGCCCCUCGCACCUGUCGCCCUCUGCGUCCAUCUCGCCCCUGGCGGCGCACCCCACCUCCCUGCCCGCGCGCUCCAUCAGCAGCAGGGGCGUGGUGGGUGGUGGUGGGUCGGAGGAGAGGGCAGCAGGGGGGGCUGGGGGAGGGGGCGCGCAGCGCUGCGGCGGCAGGGAGGUGGUGACGGACGACGAGAGCAUGCGCGCCAGCAGAGGUCCUCGCCCCGUGCCAUCGUCACUCAGACGCCUGGGCUCCGGUGUGCCGGGGGGUGCGGGCGCCGCCGCAGGGAGGCAAGACACAGCCUCAGACACACCAGCAGCAGCGCCUGGCGGCGCUGCUGCUCCUGCUGCUGCUGCUGCUGCUGCUGCUGCUGCUGCUGCCAAGUCAGCAGCCAGUGACGGCAGUGACACGGCCGCUGCCCAGCCCUUGCGUGUGCGCAAGUCCGUCAAGUUUGCCCUCCCUGCAGCUGGCAGCACCAAGGGUGCUGACACCAGCACGACAAUGGGUGAGAAUAGUCCUGUGGCAGGCGAGGAGAGCGUGGGUACGAGGAGUGAUGAAGCUAGGGUGCGAGCAAUGGGGGGGCACUGAUGGUGAGAGGGGUAGGGUCGAGGAGGAAGGGAGGGAGGCAGUGGUAGAGGGGGAGAGGGAGAGUGGAGGAGCGGCAGAGAAGAAGGUGUGUGCACGGCCGCCACUCUCCCCCAAGCUCGCAGUCACGAGGGAAGGCGCAGAUGCGGGGCCAGGGCCAGGAGAAGCAGGAGACGCGGCACACACCAGUCAAGCAGACGGAGUUGGUGCUUCACCUGCCAUCGCGCCCCACAGCGCAACGCCCUCUGCCUCCCCCAAGACCGUUGAUCCCACUUCCCCAACUACCGUCUCCCCCAACACCCCAUCUCCGACCACCCCCCCACCCCCCCCACCACAUCUCCUGCCACGCCUGUUAUUGCGCCUGCUGCUGGUGGUGAGGACGCGGCAUGUGGCGCCUCCGCAUCGUUCAAAUGGAAGAAGGGCGAGAUGCUGGGCGAAGGCGCAUAUGGCAAG